AUGAAGAAAGAUUUCUCCUGCUGCUGCCCAUCCCUGAUCCCUAGCAGGGAAACUGCUCGUUUCUACCUGCUCUGUGUGCUCAUUGCUCUUUACAUGCUGGCUGGUGCUGCCAUAUUUUCUUCCUUGGAGAGACCAGCGGAGCUACAGGCCCACCAGCUCUGGGAAAGGAGGCUUAGGGACUUCAGCCAUGAGCAUAACAUUAGUUGUGAAGACCUAAAAUCUCUGUUACACUACUAUGAGGAGGCUAGGACUGCAGGCAUCCAUACAGAACGAGGCAGAGCCCUAUGGGACAUCCCAGGAGCUUUCUACUUUGUGGGAACUGUAGUCUCCACCAUUGGAUUUGGAGUGACGGCCCCAUCCACUGUGAAAGGGAAGGUCUUGCUUGUUUUCUAUGGGUUGCUAGGCUGCUCGGCUACCAUACUGUUCUUCAAUCUCUUCCUGGAGAGAGUCAUAUCGUUACUCAGUUCCCUGACAUUCUGGUGCCACAGAAGGAGAACAGGACACAGCGGACUGGAGGGCAGAGCCAGUGAUGGUAACAGAAAUGAAGCAUGGAAACCAUCUGUGUACCAAGCGACACUCAUCCUUUUUGUUGCUGUCCUGCUUGUCGCAUGUGGCUCUGCCUCCCUUUAUUCAGCCAUGGAGGGCUGGACUUACUUGGAGUCCCUCUACUUCUGCUUUGUAGCAUUCAGCACAGUGGGCUUUGGGGACUUUGUCAGUGGGCAGAGAGAGCACCAUGAUGACACCCGGGCGUACCAGGUUGCAAACUGUCUCCUGAUGAUCUUGGGAGUGUGCUGCACUUACUCCCUCUUUAACGCCAUUUCUGUGAUCAUCAAACAGGGACUGAACUGGAUACUGAGGACACUGGCCUGGAUGUACAGCGGUAUCCGCCACUAUAGGUUACAAUUCAGACCACUGUUCAAACUCUGUUUUUCUGACUCUGACCCACCUAUAUGUUGUGAAGAUGACACGAUGCAUAGACAGAAUAUGCAAGCAGUUUCCAGUUCAGGCCACAGCAUGCUGUGGCACUCCUGUGUUCCCAAUGCUGUUGGUAAAUGCCUUUGUGAUAAGUCGCAAGUGGAAACAGUGUGCAACAGAAACAUAGACGAAAGCGAAAUCUCUGCAAAACCAGAACAGGAUAAUUAUUCAUGUGAAAAUAAUGUAAUCUAUACUAGAUCCCUGCCAACUUAGCUAAAGUAAAAUAUUUCUGAAAAUAUGAUCAACAAACAGCAAUAGUAAUCUGUAGUUUUCUCUAGUGAUCAAAAAGUUAAAAUGUCUGUUUCAGAUGACUGAGCUGCAAGAUGUAAUAUACUUUGCUUUGUGUUUUCUUCAGCAGCCUAGGUUCAGAUUAAAAUGUAUAUAAAUUAUUUCAUUUCAAGCACGUGUUGGUGCCAAGGGGACAUUUAUCAUGAUUAUACCAAUGCAACUUCAACUUUAACUAUUAUCCUAAAGGAGGCAGACAAUAAAAACACAGGUCACAGAAACACACUGAUGACAAUAAUUAUUAUAUGAUAAUACAAAUAAUUAAAAACAAAAAUAAGUAAAAAAUAAAGAUAUUAAAAUAAAACAGCAGCAGAUCAAGCCACUGAUAAAAACACUACUACCAUCCAGUAAUAAAGCGAAAUAAAGUGACUGGACCCACUAGUUUGGGUUCGAGAGGCAGACACCAUCUCCACAUUAAAGAGUAGGCUUAAGACUUUCCUCUUUGAUAAAGCUUAUAGUUAGGGCUGACUCAGGUGAGCCCUGAACCAUCCCUUA